GUAACUAAGGCUUCGCCUAUAUAUAAGGCAAACAGACAUUGUUUGCUGUUAGCUGCAGCCUGCAUUACUGUAAGUGUGCCUUUGCUUUAAAACCACAGACGGAUUCAAAAUGCCUUUGGUGCUGACUUACUUCCCUGUGAGAGGCCGUGCUGAGGCGAUCCGGUUGAUGCUGCAAGAUCAGAAGAAGGAAUACAAAGAGAAUCCCAUCAGCCUUGAGGCAUGGAUGGAAGGCACCGUGAAAAAAAGCUGUCUGUUCGGCCAGUUGCCCAAAUUUGAGGAUGGAGAUCUCACACUGUUUCAGACCAAUGCCAUCCGCAGGUAUCUGGCUCGCCAGCUUGGAGUUUAUGGAAAAGAUGACAAGGAGGCUGCCCUCAUUGACAUGAUGGAUGAGUCCAUACAGGAUAUCAUGAACAACUACGUCAGACUGAUCUACAUGGAGUAUGACACAAAGAAAGAGAGCUACCUCAAAGAGCUUCCAAGCACCCUGGCUCGGUUCGAGAAAAUCCUGGCUUGUAACGAUGGGGGUUUCCUUGUUGGAAAACAGAUCUCCCUUGCAGAUUAUUUCCUGUUUCUCCAGCUGCUGAACCACCAGGUCUUAAGCCCCACUGCACUGGAUGACUUCCCUAAACUGCAGGCAUACAGAGAUAAAAUGAGUGCUCGUCCAAACAUUAAGGCCUACAUGAACAGUGAUGCUUUCAAAAACAGGCCCAUCAAUGGCAAUGGAAAACAAUGAUGUGCCUAUCUAUGAGCCUCAGAAUAAACAAACACUGACAUGUUGAAAUGAAUACAAUAAACUAAAACACUUUUUAAAA